GCGCUCGCUAGUUGUCUCGUUUUGUCAACGCGUCUAUGAAUAUAUUUUUUUUUCUUCGAGAUGUUCCGAGAUUUUUGGCGGCAUGAACCCGCCGACAAUUCAUCAUGAAUUACGACGUCAUCUCCGUUGUAGGGGAUUAUACGAGCACAGGAAUAACAGUCAACGCUGUGCUGGCACGUAAACAACAGGCCGGCGUUCAUUGCCACGAUUUUCGGAAUUGGUGUGUUGUGGGAGAAUAGACGGUGGGAUAGCCAACAUGGCGUGCCUCAUACGCUUCAUUUGGAGUGUUAACGGCAGAGGCUAAAAUUCCAGCAUCCAUUUUCUUCAAAUGUCCACAACUGGACACAUUUAAGGAGAAACGGGAAUACUUAGUGCGAGAUGUGUUUGGAGAAUACAGAGGGUAGAAUAUUCCAGUGAAAAUGCCUGAGGUGUUUUAUUUUGGGUGCGUGGUAAUGGAAACAGUGUUGGUGUAUUCAGUGUGUUGAAAUCAGCGGAGAACCACUCGCUGCAGGAUCAUGUACCAGUUUAGCCCUUACUGAUCGUUUUCACGCUUGUGUGGCCACAACACUUUGAAUAUGACUGAGAAAAUGAAAAGAGAGGGGCCAAAAGGGUGAUGUGAUGUUUCUCAUCAAUUUUUCCACCGAAACCUGACCCACAAAGACAUGAGCUCGUUAUCCGAAUCAGCGUGGAUUAUGGAUGUGAGUGCACAUACAACGGAAGUUUAUCUAAUGUUCACACGAGGGGAAAGCAAACUUUACCUUAAUUAACGUUGUGCACAAAUAUGAAUGACAUCGAAGCACGGUGAGAUACAGCCAUUAGGUGAAAUUGGGCUGAUUACAGGGCCCAGUGGGUAGUGGAAAAUCCUUAUUAGAUCGUCGAAUUACAGUGUGAGCAAGGUCAUCCUUGGAGUACCAAUUAGGUUACAUCACACUGGAGACACAUCUUGUCAAGAGGAAGUUCAUAUCUUCUUGCUGUAGACUGCAUAAUUGCUGUCAACAGUGAUUGAGGAUUGAAAAAGCCGGCCAGCCACACUGAGGACGGUAGCUGUAACAUAAACCGUACUUCCAGAUGGGGCGCCUACCAGUUACACAACUAGCUUAUGUGGACUUACCGACCAAUUUCCUCUGAUGGCGUGAAAAAUGAGGUAGAGGAAGUGAACAGAAGACCAGGAGGUUUUGAAUAUGUACGGCCUAUGAAGAUCAGCCAGAAUCAGUAUGAGGAUCCUCCUGUGGGUGAUAAUAUUGCCAGGCGACAUCACACCGGUCAUUUCAGGCAUUCAUCCGCAGCGAUUUGGGAUCCUCAUCCGCAGUAUGAGUUCACCGCUUUUGGAAAGUUAUUUCGAUUGCGGCUGACGUAUGAUAAUAGCUUCAUCUCUCAAGCAAUAAAGGUAACACAUAUGACUCAAAACAAAACCAAGUGGGAGUUCCCAGGUCAUCAACUGGGAUGUUUCUACACUGGAGUUGUCGACGGCGAUCCCAAAUCCGUUGUUUCUGUCAAUCUCUGUCAUGGAAUGACGGGUCACAUGAAGACCUCAACCGGAAGUUACAUAAUAAAACCAGCGGAGAAUUGGAGAACAGAUAAAAAUCUUACCGAUCCCGGCUCCACCCUUCAACACGCCAUCUACAGACUCUCAUCCACCAGAACCAACUCCAACGACGUCAAUUUACCAGACAAGAGUGGUCACAACUGUGGAGUCAUAGAUUAUGAUCCUGUGGAGGAAGCACCGGCGCCACUUAUUGACGACAGUUCAGCGGGUAGAGUUUAUGUUGGUGAUCAUAGACGUGAGCGUAGAGAACUGACUGAGAAGAAUUUCCUGGAUAGAUCGAUUGAGGAGGUGUCUGAGGAAGGUUUAGAGGAGUUCGCUCAUUACGAGAGAUCAUAUCCUCGUCAGGAACAGCCGGAACCUCUGAGGAUUGAGGGAAGUGAGGAGGACGAUGACAGGGACGAGGGAUUCAAUAAUUGGAGAGCGAGGAGAGCAUUGCCGAGGGAGUACUUUAUCGAGAUCAUGGUUGUUGCUGAUGCCAAAAUGGUGGACUAUCAUGGGGACAGCCUUGUAGCCUACAUACUUGUACUUAUGAGCACGGUAUCGCGUAUCUACAAAGAUCCAUCAAUUGGCAAUCCCAUAAGCAUUGCCGUAACAAAAAUCAUAAAAACCGAUGAGAUCUUUGGCACAAAACGCAGCGACACUGAUGGAAUAGCAGCUGGUGAUAUGCUGAAGAGAUUCUGUUACUGGCAGAAACGUAAUAAUCCAGACGAGCCAUCACCUGAGCAUCACGACGCUGCGCUACUCCUAACGAGGGAAAAUUUAUGUCACAAUCCACGUAUGAAGAGGUGUGACACACUGGGUCUAGCCGAACUUGGAAGAAUGUGUUUGCCAGGAUCAUCAUGCGCAAUUGUGCAGGACAAUGGUCUCGCUGCGGCCUUCACAAUUGCCCACGAGAUUGGACAUGUAUUCAGCAUGCCACACGAUGAUGACUCCAAGUGCACAAAAUUCCGUAAUCGCUCGGGUGUCCACAAUGUGAUGUCUCGAAUGCUGGAUGACAACACAUUUCCUUGGGAAUGGUCUAAAUGCUCUCGUCACUAUGUCACUGAAUUUCUCGAAGCUGGCUAUGCCAAUUGUCUUCUGGACGAACCCAACAACAUGAUUAGAUCCAUCGUCAGUCGAUUACCUGGUGAGGAUUAUUCUGAAAAUGACCAGUGUGAACUUGUCUUUGGUGCAGGCUCGAAAAUCUGCCCGCAUAUGGAGAAUGAUGUGUGCAAGAGACUUUGGUGCACCGCGCCGUCCUGGACCCAUCAAUCUCACUGUCACACACAACACAUGCCCUGGGCUGAUGGUACACCCUGUGGUAAUGGCAAGUGGUGUCAUCGUGGUGAAUGUGUAUCCAAGAAGAAUCUAGCCCCAGUUGAUGGACAAUGGGGUGAGUGGGGGCCCUAUGGAAGUUGCUCGAGAACAUGCGGUGGAGGGAUCAAGAUCAAAGAGCGCGAGUGCAACAAUCCACCGCCACAGAAUGAUGGAAAUUACUGCAUUGGUGAGAGAGUCAAAUAUCGCAGCUGUGGAACUAAAGAGUGUCCACCUGGAUCUGUUGAUUUCAGAGAAGAGCAGUGCGCCAAUUUCAAUAAUAACAACCUGAACAUCAAGGGAUUGGCACAUGAUGUCAAGUGGCAUGCAAAAUACAUAAAAAUUCCACCCGAAGAGCGAUGUAAACUCUACUGUCAGGUUGAUAGUAAUCAGUACUAUAUGUUGAGAGACAAGGUGAUCGAUGGUACACCAUGUGGACCCGACACCUUUCAUAUAUGCGUCAAGGGACACUGCAAACCAGCGGGCUGUGAUCAUAUACUCAAUUCAACCGCUGAGUUGGAUACUUGCGGUGUUUGUCGAGGAAAUAACAGCACCUGUCAGAGAAUCACGGGAUCGUACAAUGCCAGUGGAUUUUACGGGUACAGAAGGGUAGUUAAGAUUCCAGCUGGCAGUAGUUAUAUUGAUAUUAGGCAGACUGGAUGGGGCGGGCUGCCCAAUGAUACCAAUUACUUGGCAUUGAGACUCGGUGAAAACGGUAAAUACAUAUUAAACGGUAAUUUCAUGGUGAUGCAUCGAAAAGUUAUAGUUCUCCCGGGUUUGGCAAUCGAGUACAGUGGCCCAGGCCCAAAAAUUGAACGCUUGAACAGCUCCAGACCCAUCAACUUCGAUUUAAUUUUAGAGGUGCUAUCGGUGGGAGAUAUCGUGCCACCGCAAAUAACUUAUGAGUACACUGUACCGAAGAAAAUACUGGACAGUUUUACUUGGAUUUUGAGUGAUUGGUCCAUGUGCAGUCACAUAUGCCAGGGUAGCAGGCAGCGUAGAGCGGAAUGCCGGAGUACUGAGCAUAAAGACGUCGUGUCGGACGAUUACUGUCGGCCGGAGGAACGUCCACAGGAAGAAACAGAAAUGUGCAACAGCCACUGCAUUCUACAAUGGCAAGAAACGUCAAGAUCAGAAUGUUCCAAUCACUGUGGCCCAGGAACCCAAAGCGUUUCAACUCGUUGUGUCCACAUUCACAUAACGUCAGCUAAUAGAACUCUUCGUCAAGUGACACCCCGCGUCUGCUCGCACCUGAGUCGCCCCAAAGAGAUUGUGCCUUGCAUUGGGCCCUGUGACGAUGCCCACUGGUCCUAUUCCGACUGGGAAAGCUGCAGUGUCUCCUGUGGAGGGGGAAUCCAGAUGAGAACAGCUAAAUGUGUGGAUUCACUUGGGAGAACCGUACCUGACGACAAAUGCAGUAGUUCAAAGAAAAUUUUAGAGAGGUCCUGUGGGCAUGAGGCUUGCCCUCAGUGGGCCUUUGGCGACUGGUCUCCUUGUUCAAGAAGCUGUGACGUUGGCGAACGAGCUCGUCUCGUUUGGUGUCAAGUGGAGAAUCGCGUCGUCAAUUCAUUAUACUGCACUGAUCCACUUCCAGCUGUUGUGGAACCCUGCAACGCUGGACCCUGUCAUCGCUGGUCUACGGGAGAAUGGAGUGCCUGCUCGGUCACGUGCGGUGAAGGAACUCGAAGAAGAAAAGUCGCUUGCUUGAGUGCAGACGGCUCAACUGGCGAUGAAUGCGCUAUUUCUGAGAAACCAGACGACUUCGAUACCUGUAAAAUGGAUGUUUGUCCAACUGUCACAAGUGUUCCCGUGGUUUAUACCAAUAUACUUCAUGGGGAGCCUUCCCAGGAAGAGAAUGAAGUAGACAGCAAUGGAAUCACCUUCCAUCCUGGAUAUAUCUGGCGAAAUGGAAAUUUCGGAGAGUGUUCACGAUCAUGCAACGGUGGCUUUAAACACCGAAUAGUUCAGUGCACAUCGAUAGAGACCCACACAGCUGCUCGAGACGAUUACUGCGAUUCUAGUCAGCGUCCAGCAAGCACUUUGCCAUGCAACAGACACGCCUGUCCUCUCUGGAAUACCGGCGACUGGAGUCAGUGCAAUGUGGAAUGUGGUGAAGGCUACCAGCAUCGUCAGGUACGAUGCCAGAGUCAAAGAGGUGAAACCCUUCCAGAUAAGGAAUGCAGUAUGGACAGACCCAAGCACGCAAAAAAAUGCCGGAAGGCACCUUGCGUGAUACAAAGAAAUCAUAAUCCUAAUUCCAAGGGUAAUCUGCCCAGGAGAUGGCGCGUCUCCCAUUGGACUCCAUGUUCAAAAUCAUGCGGCGGUGGGAUAAAAACGCGAAAGGUGGAGUGUAUCGUGAAGACAGGAGGUAAUGAGGAACUGGUAGAGGACGAGCAGUGCUCGAGACUCGGGCUAGCGAGGCCAAGAUCGCAGAGGCCGUGCCAGCGUUUACCCUGUGACUUUACUUGGCAAGAGGGCAGUUGGUCCGAGUGUUCGGAAGAUUGCGGUGAUGGAAUUCAGAAACGUGCAGUGACUUGCCAUAAAAUCAAUCGAUAUGGGUGGAUUGAUCCUGCACCGACAGACGGCUGUUUGAUGCGUGAAAAACCUAGAGGUGAACAGGCUUGUAAACUUCAGGAAUGCAGUGAUAAAUUUUAUUGGACUGCCGGACCUUGGAGAAAAUGCAGCCACCAGUGUGGACGCAAGGGCCGUCAGAUACGCAGGCUAUUUUGUCACGACAGGAGUGGUAAAAGAGUUGGCAAAUUCAAUUGUCCAAUGGUAUUUAAACCGCAGAGAAAACGCAAGUGCAACCAGAGACGAUGUGGUCCAUUGACCUGUCUCGAGGCACAAAAGAAAUUCAAGUCCUCUAGUGAUGGUGAAUACGUACUCCUAAUUGGUGGUAAAAAUAUGUCGAUUUAUUGUCAUGAUAUGGCGACCAACGAGCCCAGGGAGUACUUGACACUGCCAGCCGGAGAUAGGGAAAAUUACGCUGAAAUUUAUGACAAGAGAUUGCUGGAUCCACGAACGUGUCCGUAUAACGGGCUGAGGAAUGACAGCUGUGAGUGCGUCACAGAGCGUGGAACUAUCUCUGGGAGAACUAUGUUUAAACGUGUCAGGAUUGAUGUUGCUAAAUUAAUUGUUAUAGCUGAUGAUUACACAUUCUCAUGGACCAAAGGAGCAAAACGAGUGGAGUAUGGCAAAGCUGGUGAUUGUUACAGCACAGCAAACUGCCCUCAAGGAAGAUUUAGCAUAAAUUUGAGUGGAACUGCUUUGAAAAUGACUUCUCAAGUAUCGUGGGUACCACAAGGGUCGCGAGCACAUCUCGACGUGCAAAGAGUCAACGAUCAGAGGAUUCUCGGUAAGUGCGGUGGCUACUGUGGCUUCUGCACUCCAAACAUGGACUUGAAAUUGGAGGUAUCACCCUCUUAGCCUUUCAUUAUGACAAGUCUAUGAAAAUCCGUCAAUGAUUUCUGGAUGGAAUCAUUGGACUGAUGGUCACGAGUACCUCACGGUGAAGCUUCUAGCUCCCUGAUCCCCCUAAAUCAUCGUCUCGAUUUAGGGAGAGGAGAGUACUCACACCAUGGUCGUCUUCUAGUAUUAAUAACUUAUUAAUAUAGAUUCUAAUGUCUAUUUUUUAAUGAACAUUGAUAACAUGGACGUGAGACUUUUUCUACGUACAGCUAAGGUUAACGAUAAUGCAGUAAUUUAGGUAAUAAAUGCAAUAGGUUUUUUGCGGGCGCUAAGGGAAAGUAUAUCCUUCGUUAAGAAAUGAAAAAAAAGUUUUUUACGUGUCUUUUCCCUUGGCGUUAUGAUAAGAGCUCUCUAACUAAAUUAAUAAAAAUUACAGUUGUGGAUUCACUGCCAUAUUUGUCCAUAAUACGUGCCUUUCAUCGAAAUCGCAAUGAAUCUCAUUCUGGUACGUACGAAAAAAUUUUGUAGACAAACUCAGAAUUCGUUAGAAAAUUGUAUAGCAUUCCUGUUCAAAUUUUAUUUGUAUUUUUAUUUGUUUAGAAUAGUAAAUACAAGUAAGUUGAUUCGAGCUUCGGUCACAUCUUCAGUUUAUCAGUCGUAAAAUGAUUGAGAAAUAAACUUUGAAAAAUUAAUAUUCAGAAAUGGCUGUCGGGAAUAUUCUGACAGUAGAAGUUCUAUAGGAGAACGAAAGCCAAUAAAAUUUUCUAUCAAAUUCUCCAUGUUUUUUCCAUGAAAUUUUUUAUACGUGUGCUUCGAUGAUAGAGUGAAAAGGAAAUAUAUUUGCAUUAAUUUCUUCGAUGUUGCAAGAUAUUUUCAAACAUCGAUAAUUCCUAGGGUAAGAGUAUAGUGGUAUUAGUAGAUGAUAAAUGCCGAAUUAGGGGAAGUGAAUCGAAAUAUUUCCACAAGGAAAAUUAUUGAAUUUUCGUUUGUUAUUUCGAUGUUUUUGGAUGGAUGGGACUGCAAAUGGCCCGCAUAGACUGCCAUUUAUCGUGUAUUUUUCAUUUUAUUUUCAAGGAAAAGUGUUUGCAUUAGUCAGCGAAAUAUCGCAAAGCAAUUUGCACUAUUAACAUUGACCGUCUUCAUCCACUGCAUUUUUGUCUUCACCUUGAGGUGGAAUUCUACGGAAUAAUUGUAAAAUAUCGAAUACCUUUGUAACAGAAUAAAUAUGAAGUGUUGGAGAAUUUUUUACGGCCAAAUGACAAGUACAUUUUGAUAUUUUCUCCUCCACAUGAAUUAGAAAAAAGUAAUAACUUUGUAUUGAAGGGAAAAACGAAUUCUAAACUUCUGAAUAUUUUUGAUACUAGAAAUUGAAAUAAUAAUGCAUAUUUCUUUCGACAUCGAUGGUUUUUCAUUCUCACUCCGCAUAUUCUCAUUUCAAAAUCUACCACGCAAGUCUGACUAGUAAUUUAUGAACAAAUAAUUAUUUUUAUUUUUGCUUCGCUACGAGUAAGAUUGUUGUAUGGGUUAAUAUUAAAAAUGAUAAUGUGUGUAUUGUAUUAUACAGGUAGAAAAUUUAUUAGAAAAAUUUUUUUAUGUGAACCAGUGUAUGUGAAAAAUGUUGUUUAAUGAUAAAUAUAAGAGCCAUUGUCAUAUGGUGUUUAUGGCAAUCGUUUAUUUAUUUACUUUACCAUGAUAUUCCAUUUUCGUUACUUUUUUAGAAAUUCAUAUUGUUCAUUUGCAGUUACACCCUUAAACACAUCAUCAAAUUUUUUUUUAAUGCUAUUCACUAAUGUUGUUUUUUACUUGUUCCGUACGGAUUUCCUCAUCGUAAAAUUACAGCAGAAUAAUUGUCUUUUUUAAAACUAAACAUCUCGCGAUAUUUCUCUAAUAACUUCGUCAUAGAAUUCCGAAUCAUAAUUCAAUAAAAUUUAUAAAUUAAAGGACAUGCAUUCUACUCUCCUCACUCUUCUCGGUAAAUCCACUUAUCAGUUCUUCCCCGCUGAUUAAAGCGCAACGAAAGAAUCUGAUAUUGAUCAUUUAUCGAACCUAAUCGAUGGUGGGGGAUAAAGUCGAACGAAAUCGUGGAAUCGUUUAAAAAAAACGUCAUGAUCGAUCCCGUCAGCAUCAGUAUCUGUCUGAGGCUUUCAAGAUGAAGACCAUCGUGUUCACCUUUAUAAUUACAGCCUUCACUACGCAAGUCCAGGGGGAAGAUGUAGCAGACUUGCUCAAAAUACUGGAAACAUCCAUGAACAAAGUCAAUGCUUAUGGUAAUGAGUUCGUUGGGCCUCUGAAGAAAAGAUUAGAUUCUGAGUAUUCCAUUACGAAAGAGUCCCUCGAUAUGGUGGUCAAUCAGUCGUACAAUAAUUCAUUGAGAUCUGUCAAAUCGGCAGCAGAGAAGCAUGGAGUGGAUGCUAGUGAUUGUGUGAAGGACUUAAAACAGGAGCUCGAAGGAAUCGUUAAGGAUAAAUUACCAGGUUUUGACUACUGUAUCAAACAUACAAUGGACUUUGCCAUGGAAUUUGCACCAUUCAUCCAGAAUCAAGGGAAUACUGGAUACGUAAUGAUUGAGGGUCUCGAGAUCGUUACCAAGAGCUACGCUAAAUUACCGGUAUCUCAAGCUGAAAAAUGCUACGAGGGUCUCAACUUUUAUGUCUCAGCUGUGUCCUAUAACUACAGGGGCACUUCUGACAGAUAUCUGAGUACUGGAAAAAGCUUGCACACGUAUGCAAUCCAGAACGUUCUCAAUUGCUUUCAGAGACCGAUCGAACUAAUUCGUGCGAAGAUAGAGGAAGUUGAGGGCCGUGUGAAUAAAUGUAUUACAAAUAAAAUUAAUAAUAAACCGUGAGCCUUUUGCAUGUUUUGUUAUAGUUUCCAUGAAUUAAUGUUAACAUGAAUUAAUUCAUUAACUAAUGAGAAGAAUAAAGUUAGCUAUUACCAAA